AAUGGCAGAAUGUGGACAACAAGAUGUGGAACUGGAAGGGUUCGUUAAAAAAGAAGUAUCAGACAUCGACACCUUUCAGUCAACUACAAUCUUUUAUCAAAUAACGCGUCCAAGUUUGAAGAUGAUACAAAAUAUCACCUUGACCUCGAAAUAAAGACCGAAGAUUUAACAGCCGAAAAUUUCGAACUUGGAAAUGGAACUGCACAAUUGUUUUUAAACACUGAAGGAACAAAAAUAGAAGUAUUGACCCCAAAAAGUGAACCUCUAGACGGUGAAUGUAAUGCAAGUCCAGCCAGCUCCUCUCUUUCUGAUGAUCCUCUCAAUACCAACCCUCAGAACAGUGUGGAUAUCUCCCAAUCUAUUAGUAUUGGAGAAACUGUUCUGUCUGAACGCAAUUUAAAGAAGUACAUGUCGACUCGUACUGGAGAGAAACCUUAUAAAUGUGAUGUUUGUAGCUACUCAGCCGCGCAAAUUAGCCAUCUUAUUUGUCACAAACGAAAACACGCCGGAGAGAAACCUUAUAAAUGUGAUAUUUGUAGCUACUCAGCCUCGCAAAAUGGCGCUCUUGCUUCUCACAAACGAAUACACACUGGAGAGAAACCUUAUAAAUGUGAUGUUUGUAGCUACUCAGCCGCGCAAAUUAGCAAUCUUAUUUGUCACAAACGAAAACACGCCGGAGAGAAACCUUAUAAAUGUGAUAUUUGUAGCUACUCAGCCUCGCGAAGUGGCACUCUUGCUUCUCAUAAACGAACACACACCGGAGAGAAACCUUAUAAAUGUAAUAUUUGUAGCUACUCAGCCUCACAAAGUAGCCAUCUUGCUUCUCACAAACGAAUACACACUGGAGAGAAACCUUAUAAAUGCGAUAUUUGUAGCUACUCAUUCACGGGAAGUGGCGCUCUUGCUUCUCACAAACGAAUACACACUGGAGAGAAACCUUAUAAAUGUGAUGUUUGUAGUUACUCAGCCACGCGACUUGACACUCUUAUUUGUCACAAACGAAAACAUACUGGAGAGAAGCCUUAUAAAUGUGAUGUUUGUAGCUACUCAGCCACGCAAAUUAGCAAUCUUACCACCCACAAACAAAAACACACUGGAUUCUUACCUGGGGAUCCCAGGCUAUAAUGUUCAUAAAUAAACGAAUAGAGAUUAGGCGGAAUGACAGUCUGAGCGCCGCCCAGUAAACUGGAUUCUGGAAAGAAGAUUUACCCAUAUUGCCUAUAGUUUGUGUAACUACAGGGCUAGCCGAUCAAGUAGUUUGAAGAGAAAUUAAAUAUAGUGAUUCACGCUAGAGAGAAACUUUACCUAUGGGCCAUGUACUAUGUAGUUUGUGUAAUUCCGACUCUUGCUACAUCAAAUAGUCUAGGAUUUUAAAUAAAACGGCGAAUUGUAGUCAUUCGAAGUCACACCUCACACGUGUUGAAUUAUACUAAAGAACGUUGUAAUUAUAUUGUUUCAAUAACGAUUUGGAUUUUCCUAUUAUAUAAUUUCAACUUGCAACUAAAAUUGAUUGUUCUAAAAGUUCUGACUUGUUUCCUUUUGUGAUUUUCACAUAUUUUUUGUGUAAAAAUUAUUUUUCAUUUGAACAUUUUGAUUUAAAAUUUACCACCUGCUCCAGCAUCCAGUCGAAGCCGCGGAUCCUUGAUCUAUUGCUACUAUUUUUACUGCAAUGUCUUAAUUCCGUGAUGCUCGCUAAAUCAGCUGGAUCCACUGUACUACAUUUACAUUUCCAUGAAUUUUUCUGAACCGAAACUUUGCAUUAAACUCACAGACAGGUGAUCGUUAGAUAAAUAUUAAUUAUAAUACAUGUUGUAUACCUACCUCUUUUCGCGCGUGAAAAGUGGUAUAUACAACGUGUAUACACUAUACAUUGAUCUACAUGUUUCAGCUUCUAUAGCCAUAGGAUUGGUAUAGAAAUUUGCUUUUCCAAUAUAUUGUGUAAUUGGUGAGUAACGUUAAAUCUUUAAGUUCUCUAUUUAGGGGUUCAAAACAAUUAGGGACAAUUUAAAUAUUACGAAAGCCAGCAUAAAAUUUGCGGAUCAGCGCAAUUUGGUUUAUUCAUUCUAUAUUAACAUAUAACUUAAUAUUGAAACGUGUCGAUGAGAGAAUGUAUCAUUUGUAAUAUAAUACCCAAAUGGAGUAAUCAUGGUAGCUUUGCAGAAAUAAA